GGAGUGCGAGCGGAACGGUGAAGUGGUGAUUUGGAUAAGCAGAGAAUCGGAGAAGACGACGAGGAGGGGAGAUGAUGACACCUGGUGGAAGCGGGAGGUUAAGGCCGUUACCGACGGCGAUGUACGCCGGAUAUUCAGGAACGGCUUCGUCUUGGGUAGCUAAGACUUCUGUUUCGGCGUCUGGGAAGAGGAUACAGAGGGAAAUGGCGGAGCUUAACGUUGAUCCGCCUCCUGAUUGCUCCGCUGGACCAAAGGGUGAUAAUCUCUACCAUUGGAUCGCCACCAUCAUUGGUCCCUCGGGAACUCCGUAUGAAGGAGGGAUCUUUUUUCUUGAUAUAAUUUUCCCAUCUGAUUAUCCAUUCAAACCACCUAAGUUGGUGUUCAAGACUCGGAUCUACCACUGCAAUGUUGAUGCUGCGGGGAAUUUAAGUGUGGAGAUUCUAAGAGACAGUUGGAGUCCUGCCCUUACAAUUACAAAAGUCUUACAAGCCAUCAGAUCUAUCUUCUUAAAACCUGAACCCUAUAGUCCAGCUUUGCCAAUGAUUGCACGGCUCUACUUGACAGAUAGAGAAAAGCAUGACGAGGUAGCCAAAGAAUGGACAUUGCGAUUUGCCAAGUGAACAAGAUUUGGAUCUUUCAAUACGAGGAAACACAACAGAUGUAUUAUAAUAACGCCUAGUUCUUUGGUAAUCAAUGGUCAACAAUGUACACCCAUUAAAGUUGAACCACAAUGUUAGAUGACCCAAAAAAAUUGUUUGCUCAGAGAAUAGGUAACAAUUUGAGGUAGGACCAUUCCUCAACAACUCUAAUUUAUUGAAAAAGCUUGUAAAAUUUAGUGUCAACUUUUUUUCAUCAA